AUGGCCGCGUCUGUCCCUUCACGCCGUCGCUGCCCUUGGCCGGAUCUCCAUCCAGAGCUGAUCGGCCUCGUGCUCCUGCGGCUGCCGUCGCACGCCCACCGCGUCCGCCUCGCCGCCGUCUGCCGCGCGUGGCGCUCCAGCGCGCGGCUGCAGCACCCGCUGCCACCGCUGCUCCCCUGGCUAGCCCUCCCGGACGGCACCUUCCUCAGCCUCCCCGACAGCGCGAUCCACCGCUUGCCCGUCCCGGACGACGUCUCCUGGCGGGUCUCCACCGGCGACGCGCUCCUCCUCGUGCACGGCGACGGCCGGUGCUCUCUGACGAGCCCUUUCCCCGCCGUGACCACCCCUGUCGCUCUCCCUCAGCCACCGUUCUGGUUCCGAAGAAACUCGCGCGCCAACCACCUUCUAAAUAGCAUCCACAAGGCCGUGGUUUCCGAUGACCUCAUCGCCGUUCUAAAGUCAAGGUGCCUCCACAACGUCUUCGUCUCUACUCGCGGGCACGGGCGGCCAUCGUGGCGGCGGAAGUGGGCGCCGCCUUCAGGCAGCUUCACCGCCGACAUUGCCCUCUUUAAAGGGAAACCAUACGUCCUCACGACGAAAGAGGAGCUGCAUGUCCUGGACGCCGGCGAUCAGCAGCCAUCCAGCACGGUGCCGGUCGUCAAAACCCUAUGCAAACUCGGGCCCCCGAGGGAUGAUGAGGACUUCGGGCAUCCAUGGUUUAAUCCUUUCGCCACAUGGCACUACCUCGUCGUGUCCGGUGAUCAGCUGCUGAUGGUGAAACGGAUAAUCAAUAUACCUCUGAUAUUACCGGCAGACAUUAGGAUAGAGAAGCGGACUCACCGGUUUGAGGUCUUUGAAGCGCUCUUCGCCAGUGAUGGUUGUGGAUGGUGGAGAGAAGUCGAUACGCUGAUGAUGGGGCGAGCGCUCUUUGUUAGUCAAGGUUGUUCCGAUUCUCUUCCUGCCACUUUCGGCGCCCAGUGUGGUGUCAUCGGAGCUCGAGAAGAUUGCAUCUAUUUUGUGACGGAGCGUGACACCAGGUACCACCAGGAGAGGACUCCUCAGAACCCAUUCCUUGACUCCGGUGUGUACAACAUGAGAGAUCGAACAGUGACGCCUUUGCCGUUGGAGAUGGCAACAGUGCCUACCGUGCACAAGGGCCCCUGGUCUUCAACUUGGAUUUUUCCCAAAACUUGA